AUGACCGCCCCAGAUGCGCACACCAACCCGGACUCCGACCGGGCGUCGAUGACCAACGAAAAGGCUGAAGACGCGCAAUGCAUUGAAGUUGUGCCCACCAGAGAGGGCGCCGCUGUUUCGCCUCAGGAUAUCCAGGCUCGAUUCGACCUCUUGCGUCAUCUUGGCCCAGAGCGGAUGGCUGAACUGAACAAAAGCGUCGUGAAGAAGAUUGACUGGCACAUGAUGCCUUGUGUCACUCUUAUGUUCUUGAUGAACUACCUUGACCGUAUCAACGUGUCCAACGCCCGUCUCGCCGGGCUCCAGGACGACUUGCACAUGUCCGACACCGUGUGGAAUGCCGGUAUAUCCACCUUCUAUGUGGGAUACCUCAUCGGCCAACUUCCUGGAAACCUCCUCAUGGCUAAGACGAACCCCCGUUGGUUCCUCCCCACUACCAUGCUCAUAUGGAGCGCUGGAACUAUUUGCAUGCCAGCCAUGACGAACGGCGUGGGCUUUUGCGUAGUUCGAUUCUUCAUUGGUCUGGCCGAAGCUCCCUUCUUUCCUGGACUAACACUCAUGACAUCCUCCUGGUACACCAAGGAAGAAAGCCCUUUCCGCAUGGCCAUCUGGCACGCUGGAAAUACCAUCUCCAAUAUCAUCUCCGGUUUUCUCGCCGCCGGUAUCCUUGAGAACAUGGACGGUGUCGCUGGCCUUCACGCCUGGCAGUGGUUCUUCCUUAUCGAAGGCAUAGUGUCAAUUAUUAUCGCACUGGUAUCCUACGUCUACCUUCCCUCAUGGCCCAACGACACCAAAUUCCUCACAGAGGAAGAGCGCGAGAUGGCCCAGUACCGUAUUCUCGUCUCCAAUGGUGGUCGUGAUGAGGGUAUUGGUGGGACAUGGGAUGGUGUCAAGGAGGCCGUCAGGGAUCCCUUUACCUGGUUCUUCUGUCUUAUGCAUUUCGCUCUUAUAACUGCACAGAGCUUCAAAGACUUUUUGCCUUCGAUUAUGGAUACCUUUGGCUUCAACAAGAUGACCACGUAUCUCAUCCAAGCACCACCAUACGCUAUUGCCUACAUCGCUGCCUGUCUCAUAGCAUGGUCAUGCGGCCACUUCCAAGAAUCAACGUGGCACGUCGUGAUCCCUAUUAUUUUCUCCGCCGCCGGCUGCGGUAUCCUCAUUGGAACAAUCAACAUUGCGGCGCGGUACAUUGGCAUCAUACUUCUCAUAUCUGGCACCUACAGCGGCCUCAACUUGCAGCUUUCCUGGGAGACGACUGUGGUCCCCGCGCCUCGCGCCAAAAAGGCCGCGCUUAUUGCCAUUGCCAACUGCAUCAGCCAGGUCAGCCACUGGUUCAGCCCGUACUUUUAUCCGACUAGCCAGGAACCGUUUUACCGUAUGGCUGGUGGCCUGCUACUGUUGGGCUGUGCACUGACUAUCGUUGCGGCGUUUUUGGUCAAGUGGAGAGCAAAGCGGUUGAACAAGGAGCUGGAUGCAACGGAAGGGUGGACCCCAAACUCUGGCUUUGAAAGGGGAUGGAGAUAUAAGCACUGA